AUGGAUCGUCAGGAUGGGCGUAAGGUCACGUUUGAGGAGGCCUUGAACGAAGCAGGUUUUGGACUGUACAGCAUCGUUCUCCUCAGCCUGUCUGGUCUUAUUAUAAUAUCUCUGGUGUGUAUAGCUUACGCCAGCACUAUCAUAGUACCAGCUAGCGCUUGCGAGCUGGAAACUACGACCUCCCAAAAGGGACUAUUAGCAGCUGUUCCUGUUAUUGCUUUACUCCUGGGAGCUGUGCCAUGGGGCUACCUCACAGAUAUCUACGGACGCAAGAGAAUGCUCAUCAUCUUACUUUCUUCAUCAGCUAUAUUUAACGGCUUAGCUUCUAUAUCCGUAAACUGGAUAAUGUUGUUAAUCUUACAGUUCUUAUCAACAUUUUUGGUGGGUUCAUUUGUGUUGUGGCUGCCGACUGUAUCAAACCAAUUCGUCAAUAUUCUAGAGACUGGAGAAGGAUCUGAUCUCACACUCUGUGCGAUAAUACGUUCUAGUAUUAACACACCGCCAGACACAACCACAGCGCCCUGUGCAUUAAACGUCACGUCUUUAUUGCUCGUGCUAUCAGUCAGCGCCUUACAAUCUAUUGCAAAUGGCCUCAUAAGUGUGAUAAUAAACCGGGUGGGUCGUCGAAAUGUAGUGAUAUGUGUAACGGCUUUUUGCGGAUUGGCGGGAAUCCUGGUGAAUCUGGUCCCAAAUGCCAUCGGCAGCGCUGUUCUUUAUAUCGUGUUCCUCAUUGGGCUUGUUGCUCUUGGAUUAUACUCCGCGAUAGCGGUAGCAUUGUUCCCAACCUAUUUAAGGGCCUUGGCGGUUGCAUUUACAAUGACAAUUGGUCGUAUAGGAACCUUUGUGUCAGUCCAAGUUCUAAAUCUAUUACUAAACGAUAACUGUGAACUUAGUUUCUAUAUUUACGGUGGAAUAUUCGCAUCGUCAGCUAUAGUCGCUGCCUUUCUAGUCGAUGACCGUCAGUUGCAGCCAAAAAAAAUAUUGGAAUAG